AGAAUCUCUUGGUAAUAACAGUAGCUACAGAGGACACUGAUGGCUUCACCCGCUUUAUGAGAACCAUCAAAGAGUUCAACUAUACUGUUAAGGUGCUGGGUCUAGGUGAACAGUGGAAAGGAGGAGAUGUGGCCCGUACUGUAGGAGGAGGUCAGAAGGUUCGCUGGCUGAAGACAGAACUCCUCAAACACUCUGACAAGAAGGACAUGGUCAUUAUGUUUGUGGACAGUUAUGACGUAAUCCUAGCCAGUGGUCCAGAAGAGUUGCUGUGGAAGUUUUCCAGACUGGGUCAUCGGCUGGUGUUCUCUGCCGAGGGCUUCUGUUGGCCUGACCAGAAACUAGCCCCCAAAUACCCCCCUGUCCACACCGGGAAGAGAUACCUCAACUCUGGAGGGUUUAUAGGGUAUGCUCCAGAGCUCAGUGAGAUCGUUCAACAGUGGAAACAUAAAGACAACGAUGAUGACCAGCUCUUCUACACCAAGAUCUACCUGGACAAAGUACAACGGACCAAGUACAACAUGACUCUGGACCAUCGCUCUAGAAUCUUCCAGAACCUCAACGGAGCCAUCGAGGAGGUGGUGCUGAAGUUUGAGAAGGCUCGCGUCCGUGCGAGGAACGUGGCCUAUGACACACUUCCUGUUAUUAUCCAUGGCAACGGACCCACCAAGCUCCAGUUGAAUUACCUUGGCAACUAUGUCCCGACUGCCUGGACUCACGAGACCGGCUGUGGGACCUGUGACGAUGACCUGAUAUACCUCAACGACACACCUGAUGAAGACAUGCCCCUGGUGUACGUCUCUGUGUUCAUCGUUCAGCCGACUCCCUUCCUGGAAGAGUUUCUAGAGAGACUGACUACCCUCAACUACCCAACCAGCCGCAUCAGACUGUUUAUACACAACAACGUGGUGUAUCAUGAGCAGAACAUUCAGCGGUUCUGGGAGAAGCAUCGUGUUCUGUUCCCUGACGCCAGGCUGGUCGGACCGGAGGAGAACCUACAACAGGACCAGGCUAGAACCAUGGCUGUGGAGGCGUGUAAGAAGGACAGUCGGUGUGAUUACUACUUCAGUAUCGAUGCUGAUGUUGUCGUCGUCAACCCUGAUGUUCUCCGUAUCCUGAUAGAAGAGAACAAGUCAGUGAUAGCCCCCAUGUUGUCCAGACAUGGCAAACUGUGGUCAAACUUCUGGGGAGCUCUGAGUCCUGAGGGGUUCUAUUCUCGAUCUGAAGACUACAUCGAUAUCGUACAGGGCAAGAGAGUUGGACUAUGGAACGUUCCCUAUAUAACCCAGGUCUACAUGAUAAAGGGGUCAGUCUUGAGAGGUAGACUGUCUCAGAUCAGUCUGUACAGCCAGGAGGGGAUGGACCCUGAUAUGGUGUUCUGCAGGGCCGUACGAGACCAGGGAGUGUUUAUGUUUGUGUCUAAUCGGGAUGAGUUUGGUCGUCUGGUCUCCUCCUCCAACUACAACACCAGCAGACUACAUCCUGACAUGUGGCAGAUCUUUGACAACCCUCUGGACUGGAAGGAGAAGUAUAUCCAUGAAAACUACUCUAUGAUCUUUGAAGCCAACCAGACCAUCGUGGAGCAGCCGUGUCCUGAUGUGUACUGGUUCCCAUCCUUUACAGACAGGAUGUGUGAUGAUCUGGUGGAAACCAUGGAGGACCUUGGAGAAUGGAGCGGGGGGAGACAUACGGAUGAGCGUCUUGCAGGCGGCUACGAGAACGUCCCUACUGUAGAUAUUCAUAUGAACCAGAUUGGCUUCGAGAAGGAGUGGCUCAAGUUCCUGAAAGAGUACAUCAGUCCUGUCACUGAGAAACUCUACCCAGGGUACUUCCCCAAGGCCCAGGCGGUGAUGAACUUUGUGGUCCGGUAUCGUCCAGAUGAACAGCCGUCUCUCCGUCCGCAUCAUGACUCCUCCACCUUCACCAUCAACGUAGCACUCAACAACAAGGGAAUAGAUUACCAGGGUGGAGGGUGCCGGUUCCUCCGGUAUGACUGUAAUGUCGAGGCGCCCCGUAAAGGCUGGUCGUUCAUGCACCCAGGCAGACUGACUCACUACCACGAGGGCCUGCCUACGACCAGCGGGACGAGAUACAUCAUGGUUUCCUUUGUCGACCCCUAAACCCUGACCUCUAACCCCUGAACACACCACCCAGCGGACCGAGAUACAUUAUGGCAUCCUUCAUAGACCCAUAGACACUGGUGGCGUGUGUGUGUAUGUGUAUGUGUGUGUGUGUGUGUGUGUGUGUGUGUGUGUGUGUCAGUCAGUCAGUCACAUAGCAGAUGGGUCCUCUCGUUGCCGUAGUAACACACACCACUGAGUUUCAUAGCAACCAGUUGAGCGACUUGUGAUCAGAUCAGGCCAAUCAGCUGCGGAGAGGUCAAAGGUGACUAAGGUGCUGCCUUAGUUAGUCAUUUAGCAGACGCUCCACAGAGACUUACAUUCAUCUACAGAUAGCUAGGUGAGACAACCACAUAUCACAGUCAUAGUCAGUACAUUCAUCUACAGAUAGCUAGGUGGGACAACCACAUAUCACAGUCAUAGUCAGUACAUUCAUCUACAGAUAGCUAGGUGAGACAACCACAUAUCACAGUCAUAGUCAGUACAUUCAUCUACAGAUAGCUAGGUGGGACAACCACAUAUCACAGUCAUAGUCAGUACAUUCAUCUACAGAUAGCUAGGUGAGACAACCACAUAUCACAGUCAUAGUCAGUACAUUCAUCUACAGAUAGCUAGGUGGGACAACCACAUAUCACAGUCAUAGUCAGUACAUUCAUCUACAGAUAGCUAGGUGAGACAACCACAUAUCACAGUCAGUACAUUCAUCUUCAGAUAGCUAGGUGGGACAACCUCAUAUCACAGUCAGUACAUUCAUCUACAGAUAGCUAGGUGAGACAACCACAUAUCACAGUCAUAGUCAGUACAUUCAUCUACAGAUAGCUAGGUGAGACAACCACAUAUCACAGUCAUAGUUAGUACAUUCAUCUACAGAUAGCUAGGUGGGACAACCACAUAUCACAGUCAUAGUUAGUACAUUCAUCUACAGAUAGCUAGGUGGGACAACCACAUAUCACAUAUCACAGUCAUAGUUAGUACAUUCAUCUACAGAUAACUAGGUGAGACAACCACAUAUCACAGUCAUAGUCAGUACAUUCAUCUACAGAUAGCUAGGUGAGACAACCACAUAUCACAGUCAGUACAUUCAUCUCCAGAUAGCUAGGUGGGACAACCACAUAUCACAGUCAUAGUCAGUACAUUCAUCUACAGAUAGCUAGGUGAGACAACCACAUAUCACAGUCAUAGUCAGUACAUUCAUCUACAGAUAGCUAGGUGGGACAACCACAUAUCACAGUCAGUACAUUCAUCUACAGAUAGCUAGGUGGGACAACCACAUAUCACAGUCAUAGUCAGUACAUUCAUCUACAGAUAGCUAGGUGGGACAACCACAUAUCACAGUCACAGUCAGUACAUUCAUCUACAGAUAGCUAGGAGGGACAACCACAUAUCACAGUCAUAGUCAGUACAUUCAUCUUCAGAUAGCUAGGUGAGACAACCACAUAUCACAGUCAUAGUCAGUACAUUCAUCUACAGAUAGCUAGGUGAGACAACCACAUAUCACAGUCAUAGUCAGUACAUUCAUCUCCAGAUAGCUAGGUGGGACAACCACAUAUCACAGUCAUAGUCAGUACAUUCAUCUUCAGAUAGCUAGGUGGGACAACCACAUAUCACAGUCAUAGUCAGUACAUUCAUCUACAGAUAGCUAGGUGAGACAACCACAUAUCACAGUCAGUACAUUCAUCUUCAGAUAGCUAGGUGGGACAACCACAUAUCACAGUCAGUACAUUCAUCUACAGAUAGCUAGGUGAGACAACCACAUAUCACAGUCAGUACAUUCAUCUACAGAUAGCUAGGUGAGACAACCACAUAUCACAGUCAGUACAUUCAUCUACAGAUAGCUAGGUGGGACAACCACAUAUCACAGUCAGUACAUUCAUCUACAGAUAGCUAGGUGAGACAACCACAUAUCACAGUCAGUACAUUCAUCUACAGAUAGCUAGGUGAGACAACCACAUAUCACAGUCAUAGUCAGUACAUUCAUCUACAGAUAGCUAGGUGGGACAACCACAUAUCACAGUCAGUACAUUCAUCUUCAGAUAGCUAGGUGGGACAACCACAUAUCAUAGUCAGUACAUUCAUCUACAGAUAGCUAGGUGGGACAACCACAUAUCACAGUCAUAGUCAGUACAUUCAUCUACAGAUAGCUAGGUGGGACAACCACAUAUCACAGUCAUAGUCAGUACAUUCAUCUACAGAUAGCUAGGUGAGACAACCACAUAUCACAGUCAUAGUCAGUACAUUCAUCUACAGAUAGCUAGGUGGGACAACCACAUAUCACAGUCAGUACAUUCAUCUACAGAUAGCUAGGUGGGACAACCACAUAUCACAGUCAUAGUCAGUACAUUCAUCUACAGAUAGCUAGGUGGGACAACCACAUAUCACAGUCAUAGUCAGUACAUUCAUCUACAGAUAGCUAGGUGAGACAACCACAUAUCACAGUCAGUACAUUCAUCUACAGAUAGCUAGGUGGGACAACCACAUAUCACAGUCAUAGUCAGUACAUUCAUCUACAGAUAGCUAGGUGGGACAACCACAUAUCACAGUCACAGUCAGUACAUUCAUCUACAGAUAGCUAGGAGGGACAACCACAUAUCACAGUCAUAGUCAGUACAUUCAUCUUCAGAUAGCUAGGUGAGACAACCACAUAUCACAGUCAUAGUCAGUACAUUCAUCUACAGAUAGCUAGGUGAGACAACCACAUAUCACAGUCAUAGUCAGUACAUUCAUCUCCAGAUAGCUAGGUGGGACAACCACAUAUCACAGUCAUAGUCAGUACAUUCAUCUUCAGAUAGCUAGGUGGGACAACCACAUAUCACAGUCAUAGUCAGUACAUUCAUCUACAGAUAGCUAGGUGAGACAACCACAUAUCACAGUCAUAGUCAGUACAUUCAUCUACAGAUAGCUAGGUGGGACAACCACAUAUCACAGUCAGUACAUUCAUCUUCAGAUAGCUAGGUG